AUGUCCUCCCUCUCCAUGUUCUCUUCCUUCCCUGUUCAAUCCGAAGGCUUGUCAUCGGCGGUCGCCAUCUCGACGAUGAUUUCGUCUCGACGCCGGAGUGCAGCAUCCACCUCCUACUUGACUGAAACAGGGACGAUUGCAGGGCGAAAGGACGAAGAAAGGAUGGGGAGAAAACAAUCUGAAAUUGUUUGUGGCGGUGGGAAAUGGGAAGACGCGUAG